AUGGGAUCAAUGCCAGGCUUCAAAAUCCAGCCUUUUAAGAAUGGUUUGAAAUUCGGCGCAGAGGUCCACGGGCUUGACAUCAAUAACAUGACGGGUAAGUCGAAGUUCUCUGCUGCCGUUAGAAUGUCAGAUUCUCAUGAGCAACUAGAUGCCGAUGUCGAGAAUCUACGUGAGACAAUCCAGAAGUACUUUGUUGUUGUCGUCAAAAACCAGCAGAAUGAGCUCCCGAGCAAGAACUGGGAGCUCUUGCAAAAGCUUGAUCCUGGGGCGCCCGAAUUCACGGACGAGGAGUGGGCCAAAUUCUACAACCCAGAGGGCAAAGGAAUUCUACUAGGCUACAAUGCGAUCCCCAAUGCUGGGCGUCUCUACCUCAUGGGCAAAGGAUACCAGGGCAAGGAUCACUAUGGGUUGAAAAACGUUGAAAUCAACGAAGCGUUUGCGGAUGCCUACUACUCUAAGCCUCUGCCCCUCGAGGAUUUCAAGAAAGGUGUCGCGCGCUUCCAGUCCUGGCACAUGGACGGCCCGCAAUAUAACAUCAACCCUCCCAAGUUCAGCUCCUUUCGCAGCAUUCGAGUGCCUCAAGGCGAACAAACUGUUGAAUGGGCUGAUGGCUCGGGCAUGACCAUGAAGAUCAAGCCUGGACGCACUGCCUUCAUUAGCACAGCUCAGAUGUACGACGUGCUCAGCGAAGACGAGAAGAGGAUGGCCGACCACAGCUGGUGCGAGUACAUGUACUACCCGUACGAGUGGAUCCUGGGCUGCCGCGGGAAUCCCAACGGGCUCAACGUUGCUUGCGAAGGCAGAGAGGUGCCGGAGGAAGUUAUGGAGUCUAUGCCCAGAGAUCCCAAACAUCAACAAAUUCUUCCAAUGGUAUGGGUGAACGACGCUACCGGCGGGAAACAUUUCCAGGUGCAGCCGAAUAUUGUGCGCCGGCUCUUCAUUCGUAGCGGACCCGACGAGAAACCCAGAGUUAUUGAUGAUAUCAAGGAGGUGCGAGACUUCCUCACGAACAUCCAGGGCCGGAUUCUUCGGCCGGAAAAUGUCUACGUCGGCCCUGAAGACGAAGGAGACCAUCUCUUUUGGUACAACUGGGGUGUGAUGCACUCCAAGAUUGAUUAUCCCGUCGAAUUUGGGGUCAGAACGGCCCAUCAAGGUUGGCUCCCAGGAAGCAAGGCGCCUAAAGGCCCAGUGCCUAUCCCCGGGCGUUAA